AUGGAGACUCCACUGGAGACUCCAAUGGAGACUGAGAGCCAGCAGGAUGCGGAGGCGGUUCCGGCGGUUCCGGCGGUUGCGAGUCAGGCCGAGGAACCUAAGGAUGUGGAGAUGGAGGUUGCUGAGGUUGUGGCCCCAGCUGCGCAGGCUCCAGAAGUGGAACAAAUUCCAGAGACUGGAAGGAAAGACGUCGUGGAGGUUGUUGAUGAUGACGAGGCGGCCGAGGCGGAAGCGAAAGAUGGGAGACACAAGAGGAAAGCAGAGCCCGAGGACCCACCGCAGGCCACCCCAGAUCCACCGCCCUCCGAACACAAGCUCUUAGCGGUGCGGAAUCUUCCAGAGUCGGCAUCACGCUUGGAGUGGUUCCAGCGACACACUUCUGCCGGCAAAGUGCUGCAGGUCUCUUUUUUCGGACCAAGAGGUUCUCGCUCUGCAGUCAUUGAAGCGGAAAGCCCCAGGGAUGCAACUGCAUUGGCAAAGGAGUUGAACGGCGCCUCAUUUGAAGGCCGCAACGCCAAGGCGGAGGUGAUCGAUGAGGAGGAGCGACGACGGCUUCUUCAAGAGCGACAUUUGGACAAGGCGAUCAGCAGAAGUGCUCACCGGAACCGCGGUGGCCGAUAUCCCAACGACCGCGGCCAUCCCAACGACCGGAACGGCAGGCAUGGCCUAGUUCUGCGGCCGCGCAGCCAACGAAGAAGAGGGGGGUCAAGAGAUGGCCGUGGUCGACGAUAUGGUGGUCAUGGUGGUCGGGGAGACCGACCAGGUGACCGAAGACACGAGCGAGGAGGACGAGGACGCCCAGAUCGAGGUGGCUAUGGCCCGCGUGACCGAGACCGAGAAAGAGAUCGUGGCGGCAACAGACGGGGCGGCCGUCGUCACCGCGACGACCGCGACCGCGGGGACCGCGGGGACCGUGGUGACCGUGGUGACCGUGGUCGGAUGGACCGCGACGACGGACGAAGAGACGGAGGGGAAGGUCGUCGCCGGCGACGCCCGGCGUCCAGACGAGAGGAACGCCAGGAAAGGCCACAGAGCAGGCGCCGUGGUGGUCGUGGUCGCGAUGAGCGACGACAGCGGAGUGAGGAUCCGCGUCAGGGCCGACGGCGGCCGCGGGAUCCCCGGGAUGCCCGGGAUGCCCGUCCCCGCUCCGACAGCCGCACGGCCAGAGACAGGGCUGAUGAGCCUCGAAAGCGUGCGCGUCCCGAGCAGAAGCCAAAAGAUGCUGAAAGCGAGCGCUCUGAGAGCGCUAGCAGUUCACCAGCUGAGAGGAAAGCCACAAAAGCCGAUGCCAACCGCCCCAAGCGGUCCACCACGGCGGAACGGCAAAGACGUCGGGAAGCCUUGGAAGCAGAGCGGAAGAGACGUCGGGAUAUCUUGGAAGCUAAGGUGAAGGAAAGCAUGUCUGCAGCAGGCGCUGCGUAUGCCGACGCGGAGGAAGCCAAAGAGCAAGCCACUGCGAAGAAGGAGGAUGUCUCUUCCACCAAGAAGGAAGCUGCUGAAAAGGCGGCUAAAGUCCAAAAACUCAAAAAGGAGAUAGAGCUCAAGAAGCAAGAGAUUGUUGCUCUGACCCAGCAGGCCAGGGAAAGCAAGGAGGACGCCGAACGCCUUCUGCGAGAGGCUGAGGUGAAAGGAGAAGCGGCGGUGCGCGCUCAGGCGUUGGCAGUCGAGAAAGAGAAAUUGUUUUCUGCGGCCAAAGCGAAGGGAGAUGAGGAUGCAGCCGCACUUGCAGAAUUUGACAAGAGAUACGGCAUGGGGCCCAAAGGUGGCGCAGCUCCUGAUGGAGGUUCGGAAGAAUCUUAUGAGGAUGAAAGUGAAGAGGACGAGGUGAAAGCAGGAGCGGCUGCGGGCUCUCAGAAAGAGAAGUUGCAUGCUCCGCCGAAAGCGAAGGGAGGUGAUGAUGCUGCACGGGCAGAACUGGACAAGAAAUAUGGUCCGGAAGAAUCUUAUGAGGAUGAAAGUGAAGAGGACGAGGUGAAAGCAGGAGCGGCGGCGGGCUCUCAGAAAGAGAAGUUGCAUGCUCCGCCGAAAGCGAAGGGAGGUGAUGAUGCUGCACGGGCAGAACUGGACAAGAAAUAUGGUCCGGAAGAAUCUUAUGAGGAUGAAAGUGAAGAGGACGAGGUGAAAGCAGGAGCGGCGGCGGGCUCUCAGGUGAAGAUCGCGAAGCGCUACGCGAAGAAAGGUUCCCUAAGAGGACACCCUAAGGGAGGUGAGGAUGCUGCAGCACGGGGCAUGGGGCCCAAAGGUGGCGUGGCUCCGGAUAGAGGUUCGGAAGCAUCUUAUGAGGAUGAAAGUGGCGAGGAAUAGAAAGUGGAGAACUUGCAGGAGAAGCGCUGAAAGCCGUGGCCAAACGCCGCCCCGUGAAGUCGCUGGAAAUGACCCCUCGGACGUGACGGAGGAAACUGGACGCACCUGCCAUGCGG